AUGAAUGUGUCAGAUAAUACUAAUAAGAGAAAAUUAAAUAAUUAUUUGAAAAAUAAAGAGAGAAUAAAAAAACUAAAAAUAGAAAGAAAAGAAAAUGCAAAAGGAGAUUUUACAAAAAAAGAAAAUGAAAAAGGAGAAUUUACAAAAAAAGAAAAUGAAAAAGGAGAAUUUACAAAAAAAGAAAAUGAAAAUAUAAAUGAUAAAGAUAAAAAUUACAAUUUAAAAAAAUAUGCAUUAUGUAUUGGUUAUAUUGGUAGUAGAUAUCACGGAUGUCAAGGACAAAGUAAAGAAGCAGCAACAAUUGAAAAUGAACUAGAAAGAAUAUUAUUAAAAAUAAAAGCAGUGAAAAAAAAAAAUAAGGAUUUUAAUUUUUGUCUAUCAAGAUCAGCGAGAACUGACAAUGGCGUUCAUGCUUUGUAUAACGUUUUUGUUUAUAAUAUUGAUCUUGAUUGUAUAUAUUUAAAUAAUGAUGAAAUAAAAAAUGAUUUAGAAAAAGAAGAAAAUAAUGAAAAGACAGAUAAUAAAAAUAAUUAUGACUCAAAAGAUGAAAAUAAUAAAGAAAAUGAACAUAAUCUUAUUAGAGAUAAUAAUAAAGAAAAUGAUAAUAAUUUUAUUAGAGAAAAUAAUAAAGAAAAUGAUAAUAAUGGUUUUGUUAUUUUGAAUAAUAAAGAAAAUGUUUCACAUAAUGAGAGUAUAAAAAUUAAUGAUAUAUUUGAUGAAAGAAGAAAAAAAGAAGAGGAAUUUAAAAAAUUAUUAAAUCUUCAUUUACCUUUUGAUAUAAAAUGUUUUGAUAUUUUUAAGGUAACAAAAAGUUUUGAUGCUAGAAAAUUCUGUUCUUUCCGAUUAUAUGAAUAUCUAUUCCCUAUUUAUGUUUUGAGUGAAGUUGAAGUAAGUCAUAAAUACAAAAAAAUAUUUAAUGAAAUUAUUGAAAAUAUAGAUGAAUAUGUUCAAAAAACUAAAGAUAUAAAAAAAAAUAAAAAUAAAAACGUAAAUCAUAAUUUAAGUGAUAUGAAAAGUGGUGAAAACGAAAAGAAGAAUAAUAUGUUAGAGAUGAAGGAUGAUUGUUAUAAUGUUAAAAAUAGUAAUGAACAAAAUUAUAUAGAAAAUAAAAAAAGUUAUAUGCAAAAAGAAGAAAUUUUUACAAUCAAAGAAUAUAAAGAAGAAUUAACUGAUGAAGAAUUAAAUACCUUUUUUGAAAUAUUUAAUAAUUAUACAGGUUUUCAUAAUUUCCAUUGUUUUACAAAAAAUAAUAUUGAUCAAACGACAUAUAGAUAUAUAAAGUAUUUUGAAAUUAGUACUGUGAAAUUACAUAGUUAUAAUUUUUUAUCCAUAAAAAUAUUAGGUCAAUCAUUUUUAAUGCAUCAAAUUAGAAAAAUGAUUACUUUAGCUGUAGAAACAUUUCGUAAAGCUACAUCAAAAAAUUCCAUUUAUUUUUGUUUAAAUACAAAUAGAUAUAUUCCAAUUUCUUUGUUUCCAUCUGAUGGUUUAAUUUUAAUUUGCCCAUAUUUUAAUUCCUAUAAUAAAAAUAUAUGUAAACCACCUCAUAGCUCUCCAAUAUGUUUUAAUGAAAAUGAAGAAAUAAAGAAAUUCAAGGAAGAAAAGAUUGGAAAAUGUAUUGUAGAGAAAUUAGAAAAAAAUGUAUGGAAAGAAUGGAUUAUUAAGAUGAAUCAUUAUCCUUUUAUUUAUCAUUUUAUAAGGGAAAAACUAAAUAAAAACUAUAAUCUAUAG